AUGCAUCUUCGUUCUGGAUACCAAUGUAUUCGUAUCAUAUUUUGGUGUUUAAAUUUGAUAUUUACGGCAAUUGGUAUUGCGAUUAUGGCAGUAGGAAUUUAUGCACUAUUGCAGUAUAACCAAUUACCAGCCUUUAGCGAUAGUACAUUGAAAGGAGGAAUUGCUAUAGCAGUAGCUGCCGGUUGUCUAAUCAUUGUUAUCGCUGGGCUUGGAUGCUGUGGAGCUUGGGCAGGCAAUACAUGUGUACUGCUACUGUACACGAUUAUCCUUGCCAUUAUUACUGCCAUCGAAAUUACUGCUGGAAUUAUUGGUUAUGUCUACCGUGACACUGUUCGAAACUAUGCUACUCGAUUUAUAAGUCAAGUCAUGAGUGAUUAUGGUAACGGCCACAACGCAACCAUAACAACAGUCAAUGAGGUUCAGCAAAAGUUUCACUGUUGUGGAGCAACUACUAUUGCUUCUUGGUAUAACAGUUCCUUCGCCAAUGGAAAGCCGAUUGUUCCAGAUUCAUGCUGUGUUAGUAUGGCUAAAAAUUGCGGCAAACAAGGCAAUAUUACUAAUAUCUAUAAUACAGGAUGCCUGACAAAAUUUAUUGAUUAUAGCAAGCGAAAUUUAUUAGCAAUAGGUGGUAUUUCUUUGGCUGUAGCCCUUUUGCAGAUAUUGGGAAUUAUAUUUAGUUGUUGCCUAUGUCGCGAGUUUCACCGACAAUCUGCGUACACCAAAGUCAAGCUUUCGGUAAAGGGCGGUCAAGAUGUUGAAGCUAAAAUUAAAAUUAAAAACCGUGGAUGUCUCCCAUGUUAA